AAUCGAGCACGAGGCACGAGAUUUCAGCACGUUACUACUUAGUACACCCAUCACCCAUCUAACGACGUUAUCAAACAUGGUUGUAACAAGUGAGACAAUCGAGUGAAUCGGAGUGCAUUAUAGGCAUAUCAUACGAGUGAUCGAGGAUGGAUUUCCAAAAUCGUCCCGGUGGCAAAACCGGCGGCGGCGGGGUCGCCUCCUGGUCGGAGAGCAACCGCGACCGCCGGGAACGGCUCCGUCAGCUCGCCCUGGAGACUAUCGACUUGAACAAGGAUCCGUAUUUCAUGAAGAAUCAUCUGGGCUCGUACGAGUGCAAAUUGUGUCUUACUUUGCAUAACAACGAGGGCAGUUACCUGGCGCACACUCAGGGUAAGAAACAUCAGGCUAAUCUGGCCAGGAGGGCCGCGAAGGAGGCCAAGGAAGCGCCGCAGACCCUAGCGCCGGAGAAACCCCGAGUCGAGCCCAAGAAAUUCGUAAAGAUCGGUCGACCUGGUUAUCGAGUUACGAAGCAGCGCGAUCCGGAAUCUGGCCAGCAGAGUCUACUAUUUCAAGUAGACUAUCCGGAAGUGGCGGACAAUGUGAUAUCCCGGCACAGGUUUAUGUCCGCCUACGAGCAGAGGGUCGAGCCACCUGAUCGCAAAUGGCAGUAUCUACUGUUUGCGGCUGAACCAUACGAAACUAUCGCCUUCAAAGUACCCAGCAGAGAGGUGGAAAAGGCGGAAGGAAAGUUCUGGACUCACUGGAACAAGGACACAAAACAAUUUUUUUUGCAAUUUGCAUUCAAGAACGAAAAACCGUCCGUGGGCAAAGUACCGCCGCCGCCGGUUCCUCUGAUAAGACCGGGACUGAGUUCGAUGGUGCCUGUUCCGCCGCCUCCUCCUAGACCACCCAUGUUCAAUCCGGUACCGCCUCCACCGGCUCUCCUAGCGGGUGGAAUGCAAAUACCUCCUCCACCGCCUCAUCUAGCGUAAUGCAUUUGAUACAGUUCGAGUAAAUUUUUUUUUAUUAAUAAAAACUCGCGCGUAUUAUCCUCCCGAGAAAAAAAAUGUAUUUGUGUAAUUAUAUAAGAUCAUAUAUGAUCUUAUAUCCAUUUUUCUCAGAAUUCUAAAGGGAAUAUAACUGUUUAUAUAUUUCCAUCAAUAUGCAAAAGACCAAAUGUGUCUGUUCGAUAUUAACGCAGUCAAAAAAUAUGUAAUAUAUUUAAAUGUAUAUAAUAAGAUGCAAUCUAUCUACAAGAAUGAGACAACUUAUGAGGCACAAAAAAACAUGUCUUUAAAAAAAAAAAUUUUAUUUAUCAUUGAAAUAUAUAUUCGUUUCCAUAAAUUACUCUUAACAUCUUCACAUUUUUUAAAUAUUUUUAUAAAGUUUUAGUAUUUGUAAUAAUAAGAGUACACUUAUGGAAAUGAGGCUUAUCCUGAAAGUAAAGAGCAUAAAAUUAGUAUUUUGUUUAUAUAGGUUCCUUGAAAGAUAUUUCAUAAUUGACUCAUUAGAAUGCAACUAUUUACACAAACAUUACAUCUUGUAGAAAUAUUUCAACACUUUCCAGUCCAUUGCAAAAUCAUAAACAAUGCAAGAAUUUAAAAAAAAAAAAAG